CCUUCUUUCCUCUUUCUUACUUUAAAAUUCAGCCAGCUCUCCAUACCACAGGUGGGCAGGCCAGGCAUCCUUGUAACUUUUUGUUCAUGAUUGACUUCAUGGAAUUUGAUGUCGCUUAAUAUUCUUGUCUCUUUGCAUGGUUCUGUUUAAUUGCUGUGAUAUCGAAUGGGACACAGCAUGAUGGAGACCACGUUUUUUUGCAUCUUCACCUGCACAGCUUUAUCAGGUGUUUUAGGUAAUAAGUGGUGGAUAACAAUGCCUACCACAGAAUUAUGCGUCUGGACCAGCACGACAGCUAGCUUGUCCUGCCAAUACAACUAUCCCUAUGGAUACAGAGUGACAAAAGUGAUGUGGUACCGAGUCACUGCAGAUGGAAAGCAGGAAUAUGCCUUUCACAGUGAUUUGAACCUAGUAAGUCCAACCUACAAAGGAAGGACAAGGUACUCUAAUAGGCCCAAGUCAUGUCUGCUAGAGAUCUUCAAUUCCAGGACAACAGACAAUGGAGAAUAUUAUUUUAGAUUUGAAACUAAUCACCCGAAAGGCAAGCAGACAUUCACCAAUUCUACUUUCCUUUCUGUAACAGAUUUACAGGUUCAAGUACACCCAGCUAGAGCAGGAAACGUGUUUGCUUCUGGAGAAACCAUCUACUUGAGCUGCAUAGCUACAGGGUGUGCAUCCAGAGGAACAACAUUUGUGCUCUACAGGAAUGCUACACGUUUGGAAUUGUCCAACCCUCUGAUCAUUUAUAACUUUGACCAAAAACAUGCUGGUACCUAUGCCUGCCAUGCAGAAUCCUCACCCAGCAUCCAGUCCCUGGGUAUUAUCCUCUCAGUGGGAUAUGCCCCUCGCUUCACCACUGUUGAGAUCAGCCCACAAAGCACUAUUCCUGAAGGCAGCUCAGUAAUGUUGACUUGCAACAGUGAUGCUGACCCAGCUGUGGAGACCUACUCUUGGUUUAAGGAUGGAGACAACUGGAGUUUACCGGACAGCUUCAAGCCUGAGCUGCACCUGAGGAAGGUGCUGCCAUCUGACCUUGGAGAUUAUUACUGCACGGCACAAAACUCUCUAGGCAGGGAGAAAUCCAGACCCGUCUUGCUGAAUGUCACCUAUGCACCAAGGAGCACAUCUGUGUCAAUUAGCCCACCUGUGGACAUAAUGGAGGGGAGCUCAGUGACACUGAACUGUAACAGCAAUGCCAACCCCCCGGUGCAGAAUUACUCCUGGUUUCAGAUCAUCGGAUCUAAGCUCUAUGAGAGAGGCUUUUCACAGAACCUUGCAUUCACCAGUGUGCGUGCCCAGGACAGCGGCCAGUACUACUGCACAGUGCACAACCAGCAUGGACAGGACACCUCCUUCAACCGCUCUUUGGUGAUACUAUACACUCCUAAGAACACAUCCGUUUCCAUCCAGCCCUCUGGUGACAUUGAGACCGGCAGCUCAGUGACUCUCACCUGCAGCAGCAAUGCCAACCCCGCAGUGGAGAACUAUACCUGGUUCAGGAUCAAUGAAGCUGACUUGUGGGAAAUCCGAUCAGGCCCAACAUACACCAUUUCCCGAAUCACCCACAGGGAGGGAGGGAAGUAUUACUGCGAGGCAAGCAACCGACUGGGGAGACACCGCUCUCCGGUACUCCUCGUCCAGGUGAGGGGUAGGCUUAAGGUCAUUGCUCUGGUUUCUGCUGUGGGUGUUUCAGUUGGCCUUAUCACAUUGACUGUCUUUAUCAUGAUCAGCAAGAAUAUGCAUGUUGUAGAAAAUAAACUUACCGAGGAUGCCCAACAGGUAUCAUCAGAACAAAUGGACAUGUUUCAAGAAACAAUGACUGAGAAAUUCGAAAUGUGGAAAUUAAAAGCGAGAGACAUGCUAGAGGAGCCAGAAAAUGUGUAUGAGAACACACACCCUACCAUCAUUCCUCUAAAAGAUGUUACACCGAACUCUGAAGGAGAUGAAGAUAUCAGCUAUGUGACAGUUCAUUUCACCAAGAACUUAAGUCAGGAUCGGAAAGUUGUCCUAAAUCCACUACUAGCGAGUGCUGCUGAGGAUACAGACGUCAUCAACCCUGAGUUGGUGAGGCUCACAAAAGGAUUAUGAAGCCAACGCUGACCAAAGAAUUUGUAUUGUAUGUUUUGUGUCUAAUCUAACAAUUGUAUUGUCCUUGUUGCAUCUAAUUAUAUUUUUAAGAAGUCUAAAUGCGUAAAUAUUUUAAAAUUUGCUGUAAUGGGAUGGUGCCCCAUCCUGAGUUAUUCCCUUCCUUAUGCCAGACUCUCACAACUCUGCAUAGUGGGUAUAAUAAAUAGAUGCAUGGGUGUUUUUAAUCGACCAAAAAACUUUUGCCACAUACCUAAUUUGAACUAGUUUCACAGCACCACAGCAUUAUUUCUCAUUCACAGCACCACAGACUUGUCUCGACUGUUCUAAAUGUUUGGAAUUCUAUGACUUUAUUAGCAGCCAACAUGUGCAUGGCAUGUGCAUGGUCCUUGACCGUAACAUGUUAGAUGUCUAUUAUGAACUUGGAAAUGUAAUGUGACUGGUAUCACAGUAGAUGAAAAAGAAGUCUAAACCAACAAGAACAGAGACCUCCAGUCAAUGGAUUGUCUGUGUGCAUGGAGAAAAUUUUGAAUAACUCAAAGGGGGUGAUGACUGCUGUUCUGGGAAUGUCCUCUCGGCCUAUGUGCACCUGGUGAUGGCCCCAUACAAGGUCCACCACAGAAAAAAAUCCCUUUCCUGGCUAGUCCCUAUAUGUGUGGGACUGAGUAGCAGCCUGAAACUGUGACAUUGUUCUUCUGAUAAUAGUUGGCAGCAGGGUCAACAGCCCUUGGAACCAUGUGGAGAGGCCCACCGGCUGCGGUAGUGGUGCACAACCUCUGGCCUUUCUGUGUUGCACCCAUGAUAGACCCAUUCUCAGACAUCUUGAUAUUGCUGGGGAGAUAUUUUAAAGUAAACAGAUUUUAUUUUGUCAUUCUCCCUUUCCUCAUCUGAAUACCUGUACAAGAGCGACAGGCUUUAAUGAAUGUUAUUACAGUGUUUCCUUUGUAGCUUUUGUACACUAUGAUAUCUUCCCACCCAGGAUGUCGUGACCCCGAUACAAGCUCCUGAGUCAUCCCCUCCCUUGAUCGCAAAAAUCUUACCCCCCCUUCGCCCAGCCUGAGCAUACCCCCCUGGCUGAGGACCUGCCCGUCAAAAAGUCUGUGCAUGUCAGUCUGAGAAAGACGUCCAUUAUCCCUAUUUGUAGGAGCCCACAAACCAGCUGCACUAAGAGUUUGAGAUAUUCUGAAUUCAUUAAUAUCUGUUUUAUAGCUUUCAGCACCUCCUAGUUGUAUCCACCAAUGAGUAUAUACCAUAAUGGAUUCAUCCAUUUUAUAACUACUAACAAAAAUAAACCAUUGUCUUGUUUUUACUGUAUACAUGCAUAUAUUUCAAACAUAAAAGAUGUUUUCCCAGUAAUGCAGUGUGUACAUUGGUACUGCAAAGAAUUGUGUUUUUUUAUUAUUAUUAGGGAUGGGGUCCAACACCAUGUUCAUGUCCUCGUAAUCACCUUUGUGUAUGCUUAUACUGAUACCACGUAAUAUUCAAUGUAUCAGCGAUGUCAUUAACGAAGAAAAUAAACAGGACAAAAUGUCUGCAGUGGGGUUAAUAAUAACAUCCAAAGUAUAGUGGACUACAAUGCGAUAGCUGCAACCCUAAAUUUAAUGCUUUAUCAUGGUGGCCACGUGUUCAUGUUAGCAAUUACCCUGAAUGCAAAUGUUGGCUGUCGACUUCCCUGUCUGUGCUACCGUCUCUGGCAGUGGACUAUUAAUAAAAGUGAACUUUUUUUUUUGUUUUUUAUAAAAGAGUCU